GCAGUAUUUGACAGGCGAGCGCGGAAUUUGUAAACAGAGCUAACGUUAGCAGUCAAGAGGUCGAUGUUGCUCCUCAUAAGUUUUAAAUUAGUAAUUUUAGAUGGGCUGGAAUUAUUUUGUCUCAUUUAAUUACUCGGGAAUGAAGAUGGACAGCUGGUGGCCACACAGAGGAGAGACAGCAGCGGCGAGGCUGCCUCGCUGCUUCAUGUAAGAGCUGCCCGGCAUGCUAGCUCACCUCCUCGGCAGAUCUUUGCUUCGAUCGGGUCUGACGUUACAGCGGCUGGGGGUCCCGCGGAGGUGUUUCUGUGCGGCGCAGAGUGGCCGGUGUCCCGACACACCGCAGCAGCAGGCAGACAUGAUCCGGGGCCGGGCUCAGAUCAAGCGGGUCCUCUGCGUAGCCGAGAAGAACGAUGCAGCCAAAGGCAUCGCAGAGAUAAUGUCCAACGGCAGGUCCAGGAGGAGGGAGGGGAUGUCAAAGUUUAAUAAAAUCUAUGAGUAUGAAUAUCAUCUCUUUGGUCAGGAUGUGACGGUAACAAUGACGUCAGUAUCAGGCCAUUUACUGGGUUUAGAGUUCACUGCACAGUACCGGAAAUGGCACAGUUGCAACCCAGUGCUGUUAUUUGAUGCCGAGGUACAGAAGUGCUGUCCAGAAAACAUGAAACAAAUCAAGCGAACACUAGAGAAAGAGGUGAGACCGUGCCAGGUCUUAGUCAUCUGGACCGAUUGUGACCGAGAGGGAGAAAACAUUGGCUUUGAAGUCAUAGAUGUCUGCAAAGCAGUGAAGCAUAAUUUACAAGUCUUUCGGGCAAAGUUUUCUGAGAUCACCCCCAACUCCAUUCGGAGAGCUUGUGAGACUCUAAUGGAGCCAGAUGCCAACAUCAGCGAUGCUGUCGAUGUCCGUCAGGAGCUGGACCUGCGAAUAGGUGCGUCCUUCACUCGAUUCCAAACGCUUCGCCUGCAGAAGAUCUUUCCAGAGUCUUUGGCCAAUCAGCUGAUCUCAUACGGCAGUUGUCAGUUUCCCACUCUGGGCUUUGUUGUGGAGCGCUUCAAAGCCAUCCAGGCUUUCAUACCCGAGACUUUCUACAAGAUCAAAGUGCUGCACGAGGUAGAGGAGGACAAUGUAGAGUUCAGUUGGAAAAGAAACCGUCUCUUCAACCACACAGCAUGCCUGGUGCUCUACCAGAUCUGCAUGGAAAAUCCCAUAGCAACAGUCACCUCAGUAACCAGCAAACCCAAGAGCAAGUGGAGACCACUGCCUUUGGACACUGUGGAACUGGAGAAACUUGCAUCUCGGAAGCUAAAAAUAAAUGCCAAAGAGACCAUGAAAAUUGCAGAAAAACUGUAUACCCAAGGGUAUAUCAGCUACCCCCGUACAGAGACAAACAUUUUUCCCGAAAACCUGCCUCUCGGCCCCCUGGUGGAGCAGCAGACACAAAGCCCGAUCUGGGGGACGUUUGCCCAGAGAGUGAUGGAACAGCCGGGGGGUCCCAACCCACGACAGGGCAAGAAAUCUGACCAAGCCCAUCCCCCGAUACACCCCACCAAGUACUCCAAUACACUGCAGGGCAACGAGGGACGUGUGUAUGAGUUCAUUGUCCGGCACUUCCUGGCUUGCGUAUCCCAGGAUGCUUUGGGGCAUGAGACUGUGGUGGACAUAGACAUCGCCCAGGAGAACUUCUCCUCAUCGGGACUCAUGAUCAUUGCAAGGAACUACUUGGACGUUUACCCGUAUGACAGAUGGAGUGCAAAGGUGAUCCCAGUGUAUGAGCAAGGCUCCCAGUUCCAGCCCUCUGCUAUCGAGAUGGUGGAUGGACAGACGAGUCCUCCACAGCUGCUCACUGAAGCCGACCUCAUAUCCCUGAUGGAGAAGCACGGCAUUGGCACAGAUGCAACCCAUGCAGAUCACAUCGAGACCAUAAAGAGUCGCAUGUAUGUGGGCUUAACAGCUGACCAGAGGUUUCUGCCUGGAGAGCUCGGCAUGGGACUGGUGGAGGGUUACAACUCCAUGGGCUAUGAGAUGUCCAAACCAAACCUGCGUGCUGAAUUGGAGGCGGACCUCAAGCUGGUAUCAGAGGGCAGGAAGGACAAACAGACGGUGCUGCAGCACCACAUCCAGAAAUACAAGACCGUCUUCAUUGAGUCCGUCAGGAAGGCGAAGAAGUUGGAUGAAGCUCUGUCGCCAUAUCUGGGUGCAGCUCAGGAAGUGGCUGAAGCAGAGCAGCAGGACAUAGAGUUCCCGCUGCCGGUCAGGAAGUGCCCUCACUGUGGACAGGACAUGGUGCUGAGGAAGAAGAGGGAGGGAAACAGUAAGUUCCUGUCCUGCACAGGCUACCCAGCCUGUAAGUCAGCAGUGUGGUUCCCCGACACGGUGCUGGAGGUGAGCAGAGACGACAGCAUUUGUCCCACCUGUCUGCCGCACCCUGUUCACAUGUUGAAGUUCAAGUUCCGCAGGGGCAGCCUCCCUCCCACGAUGCCUUUAGAAUUUGUCGGCUGCAUCGGUGGAUGUGACGACACGCUCAGAGAAGUGCUGAACCUGAAGUACCUCCGAGCAGGCGGACCACCCAGAGCCCAGAGUUCAAAUUCCCGAACAUCCCUUCCUCCCGCCCCCUCCUGGACCCCGCAGCCACCACCUCCGGCAGGCGGCAGCGCUCUCAGCGUAGACGACGAUGUCAUCGUGUGUAACUGUGGUCAGGAUGCGCUCCUCCUGACCGUGCGCAAAGACGGCCCCAACCGAGGCCGUCAGUUCUACAAGUGCAACGCGGGGGGCUGCAACUUCUUCCUGUGGGCGGACCAGCCGAGUCAGCAGGGGGAGCCGCAGGGUCGAGGGCCUCCGCUGGGUCGAGGGCCUCCGCUGCAAGCUCCGCCGAGGCCCCCUUUGGGGUUCAGGACUACCCCUGGAGCAGGCAGAGGGCAGGAAGGGGGUGCAGGAGAACACAUGGGACCGACGAUGUGUAACUGUAACGAGGCAGCGGUGACGCGAACGGUGCAGAAGGACGGUCCAAACAAGGGCCGCAUGUUCCACACCUGCGGGAAACCAAGAGAGCAGCAGUGUGGCUUCUUCCAGUGGGCUGAUGAAAAUGAACCGCCACCAGUUGGCUUCGGUGGUGGAUUUAAUGGCGGUGGAGACGGAGGGAGGAAGGGGAGGAAGAUCACGGGAGGUGCCACCGCUAACAAACCUGCAGCUGCUAAGAAACCUCGUACCUGUGGAAUCUGCCACAAUCCAGGACACACCCGAGUCACCUGUCCCCAGCGGUGACCGCUGCUUAGAGACUCGUAACGUGGAGUUACUGAAGUCUCUGACUUCAAAGUGUGGAGUCAGAUUUUAUUUUUUCAAAUAUGCAGGAACUCAGAUUGUACAUACCUCCUCCAAGAGAUGGACCUCUUCCUCUGGUAUAUAAGAGGGCAAAAACUGCUUCGAGCACCAGACCAAAGGCAUCUCAUGACUAAGGCUAAAAACAUGUAAUUUAUCAGGUCUAUAGAAACUAGACUUUUCCCUUCUCUUUUUCCCUUUCCCAGCUCUAUUUUCUCAGGUCUCCUCGGAUCCUCAAUGUGUUUUUUUAUCGAGAAGAAUGGCUCUUUUCUUGCACCUGGGGAGGAAAGUUAGGGCUCAUUUUGGGGUCAGGUAAAACUUUGAGUAUCAACAUUUUAGGAAAUACUCUUAUUUGCUCUCUUACCAAGAGUUAGGUGAGAUUGUUUGCUACUGCAAAAACCUGAAGAUGCUCAACUGUUAAUGGGAAAUUUUCUCAGCUGGUCAAAUAAAUCCUCCGUCUAUUGUGUUUAUUCACAAUCCUGACAGCUUGCCUCAGAUCAGUUUAAGGAGGGUGAUUCUGGCACAAAUUAAAUACAUGUGUAUUUUAAAGAAAACGUGUGCACACAGUUUCUUAAUAAUUAAUAGUGUAAUUAAUGUGUGUUUAUUAAAAUGUUUACUACAGGUUCAUCAGUGUUGCCAUCACUAAGUAUCUGAAACAAGAGCAAAGUAUUUUACAUUUGUUGAUUCUUCAAGGUGGUUGUUGUUGGAAGAAACCACAAAAUAUGUUUUUACAUUGUGAAUAUGUAUGCAAAAAUACUUGUUCUUUCUCUGCAGUCUGAGGAAGUGUCUGUACCAAGAUUUCUAUUUUAAUAUUGAUGAAUGCUAAUAAACAUAAAUGUAUGGUAA